AUGGCCACCACCGUGCCCCCUCCUCAGUGCCACCAUGGCCACCACCGUGACCCCUCUCCUCCGCCGUCCUUGUGCGGCCGCCGCCGGCCCCGGAGCCAGCUGAAGCUGAACGCCCGGCGCAGCGAGUUCGCCCGGGCCUUCUUCCGCCGGGGGGGAGCCCCGGGAGCCCCCUCCGAGCCUCCGCCGCCGCCGCCGCCCCGCUCCGGGUCCCGCUCUCCGCCCGCCGCAGGUGGCCCCGGGGGCGUGGGGACCGGGGAGCCUCCCCUUGGUGCCACCGGGGCUCCCCGGGGUGCUCUGCCCGUUCCCCGGUGCGUCCCGGCUUUGUCCCCUCGCUCUGCGUGCGGGGACAGCGGGGGUCGCUGCCAGCCCUUGGGACCCUCUGUGAGGCUGAGCAUCAGCGGGAGGAGAGAGCAGGAAAACGGAGAAACACCGAGAGGAGGGCGGAAUUCCAGCAUCGUCAUCCCGGGGCGGCGUCACCUCAUCUCGGGGGGCUGGCGAUGGAUCCCGGCCCUGGAUCCCGGAUCCCGGCGGGACGGGGACCUGCGGAUCCGCCAGGAUGCAGCCAGCCGGGCCUUCCCCGCCCUCCUCCUCCUCCUCCUCCUCCUCCUCCUCCCCGGGGCGGAGGGAGGAAGGCAGCGGCCGCAGCUGGCACUGCAGGCGGUGGCCGGGGGGAAGCGGCUGCUCCGGUUUCCAGCGCUGUUUAUUAAUAACCCCUCUCCGCCCCAUGCUAAGCCCAUGUGCAGCGCAGAGCCGGCGGCGCUGGGCUCCAGGGGAGGAAGGGACCUGAUGGCACAGCCCGAGCCCCCUCCAGAGCUGCAGCUGGAUGAAGCCAGAGCACCCCCAGCCCCACAGGGAGCAGCUGAAGGAGCUGCUCCACACCCAGAACGUGCUCACAGCCCCUUGGAUCCAGCAGGGAACGGAUCUAAACCCCUGCACGGGGGCAGCCCAGACUCCAGGCCUGUCAGCAGAGAUCCCUCCUUGGAGAUAAACACAGCAGGAGCUCAGCUGGAUGAGGGGGCAGCCAGGGCUGGGAUCCCGCUGGACGUGGAUGGAGAUGGGACAGGAAUCCCACUGGACAUGGAUGCGGACGGGGUAGAGGUUCCACUGGACGUGGAUGAAGGUGGGACAGGGAUCCCAGUGGAUGAGGACGCAUCAGGAUUUCUGCUGGACGUGGAUGAAGGUGGGACAGGAAUCCCAGUGGACAAGGAUACAUCAGGAAUUCUGGAUGUGGAUGAAGGUGGGACAGGGAUCCCACUGGCCAUGGAUGAAGGUGGGACAGGGAUCCCACUGGCCAUGGACACGGACAGGGCAGGGAUCCCAGACGACGCAGAUGGGGCAGGAAUCCCGCUGGCCAUGGACACAGAGGGAGCAGGCGGCCCUCUGGACGCCGACGCCCCAGAGCAGCGGUGCCUGAGCCUGGAAGAGCUGGGGAAUUACUUCCAGGAGUGCAUCGAGGUGGUGGAGCAGCUGGAGCGCGAGCGGGACGGGCUGAUCUCGGAGCUGGCGCAGCUGCGCGAGCCGGCGCUGCAGGAGAUCCGCCAUGCCCACGAGGAGAUCCAGGCCGCCUGCAGGCUGCUGGCCAAGGUGGAGCUGGAGAGGGACAACCUGCGCGACGAGAUCCGCCAGAUCAAGCAGAAGCUCUUCAAGGUGACCAAGGAGUGCGUGGCCUGCCAGUACCAGCUGGAGAGCAGGAGGCACGACCUCUCCCAGCACGCCGCCUACCAGGGCGAGCUGCAGAGCCAGGCGGGGCAGCUCUCGGGGGAGCUGUCCCAGCUCAAGGAGAGCUGCGAGAAGGAGAAGGAAGUUCUGAGGCAGCGCCUGGAGGCUCCUCCGUGCCGCCAGGACAACCUGUACCUGCAGGAGAGCCGCAGGCUGUCGCUGGAAUUCGAGAGUUUUGUGGCCCAGAGCCGGCGGGGGCUGGAGGAGCACUACGAGCCGCAGCUGCUGCGGCUGCUGGAGCGGCGUGAGGCCGGGGCCAAGGCUCUGCAGGAGAUGCAGGGGGAGAUCCAGGGCAUGAAGGAAGCCCUGAGGCCCCUGCAGGGCGAGGUCAGCCGGCUGAGGAUGCAGAACCGCAGCCUGGAGGAGCAGAUCGUGCUGGUCAAGCAGAAAAGGGAUGAGGAGGUCGGGCAGUACCGGGAGCAGGUGGAGGAGCUGGAGGACAGGCUGAAGGAGCUCAAGAACGGGGUCCAGCUCCAGCAACGCAAGAACCAGGAGCUGGAGGAGCUCAGGACCAGCCUCCAUCGGGAGCUCUGCAUCUACAAGAGCUGCUUAGAAAUCUACGGGCACCUCUGCAAAACGGAGGAAAAAGCAGAGCAGGACUCUUAGAACCACAGAAUUUUCCUCUUUGUAGCAAAAACCAAUGGACAGAGGAUGCAAGGGAUUCUCCUCGUGCUGCUUUACCCUGCCUGAUGUGCAGCAGCUGCCUGGAGCUGGGAAUUCCAAUCUUUGAAUUUCCAAUCUGAAGUUGAAUUUCCAAUCUUUU